ACCGAAUGAAACCGAUGGUGCCGAUGUUUUUGCGAUCCUUGUUGGACAAGGCGGUAAACACAACAAAUAUUCAGUUGGCUGCAAGUGAAUAUGGCUGCCCGUGCGUUUGUGUACUGUUUAUUCAUAUUUUUAGCACUUUACGUUUCUGCAGAAGUCGCAGACCAUUUAGAUCUAAAGGAUGAUCAAGAUGAGGACGAUAUCAAUAAUGAUCCCUUGGUACCACCGUACAAUUUAGAGGACGACGAUGAUAACAAAAUACUGUUGGGCGCGCAAUCGUUUGGAAAACAGAGAUAUAAGUGCCAUUCAUGUGAACCACCUGACUGUGCGAACUUGACAGUUUGCAGUAAUGCUGUGCAGUGUUGGAAGUCCAGAAUUCGAGAGAGUACAGGUGUGGAGAAGGUGUCCAGAGGAUGCAUUUCAGUGGCAGAGCAAGUACCAUUUUAUUGUCAUAUACCAAAGUUUCCUGGACCCUGCAAGCGUGAUUCACAUCUGCACAUAAACAUAGAAUGCUGCGAGAAGGAUUUCUGCAACAGUGGGGAAUUCCCACCUAUUGUUGCUGAAGUGCAACCGUAUUCAGACUCACGUCUGAAUUACAUAUUGAAGUUGUCUGCUGCUGUUUUCAUCCCAAUUUUAGUUCUAAGUUUCCUGGGCUUUAUUACCUUGAUGUUCUUGCGAAAGGUGCACAGGCACAGGCUGAGGAAUCAGAGCAAUCAUGAUGCUGAAACUUAUUAUGCCACUGACGACCUAUUGAGGGCUACUGCCGCCGGCGACAGUACUCUGAGGGAAUAUCUGGAGCAAUCCAUGACCUCUGGAAGUGGGUCUGGGUUGCCACUUCUGAUCCAGAGAACACUAGCAAAGCAGAUAUCUUUGUUGGAAUGUAUUGGAAAGGGACGGUAUGGCGAGGUCUGGAGAGGAAUAUGCCAUGGUGAGAAUGUUGCUGUGAAGAUAUUCUUCUCCAGAGAUGAGGCUAGCUGGACCAGGGAAACAGAAAUUUACAGUACAAUUUUGAUUCGUCAUGAUAAUAUACUUGGAUAUAUUGGAUCUGACAUGACGUCGCGUAAUUCCUGUACACAGUUAUGGCUGAUUACUCAUUACCACUCAUUGGGUAGUUUGUAUGACCAUUUGAAUAGGACCACAUUAACACACCAGCAAUUAUUGAUCAUAUGCUUGUCUAUUGCCAAUGGGCUUGUACACUUGCACACUGAAAUUUAUGGAACACAAGGAAAACCUGCCAUAGCCCAUAGAGAUAUAAAGAGCAAAAAUAUAUUAGUUAGGAACAAUGGUUCAUGCGUUAUAGCUGAUUUUGGAUUGGCAGUCACACACGUUCAGCAAUCAGAUUCACUUGAUAUUGGCUCUAAUCCAAGAGUUGGAACAAAGCGUUACAUGAGUCCAGAAGUUUUAGAAGAGACAAUUAGAAUGGAUUACUUCGAUUCGUUCCGUCGAGCAGACAUGUACGCUUUGGGUUUGGUAUUUUGGGAGGUUGCCAGAAGGACGAUUAGCAAUGGAAUUGCUGAAGAUUACAAACCUCCCUUUUACGAUGUGGUGCCGUCGGAUCCCAGUUUCGAGGAGAUGCGAAAAGUUGUUUGCGUUGAUCAGCAGAGGCCUAAUAUUCCUAAUAGGUGGGCCAGUGAUCAUAUUCUGAAUGGCUUAGCAAAGGUUAUGAAGGAAUGUUGGCAUCAGAAUCCGAAUGUGCGACUUCCUGCGCUCCGCGUGAAGAAAACUUUGUUAAAGUUAGUGAACAAAGAGUAUAUUGUGAAUCUGGAGGACAUGGAAGUGUGCGUAUAAACGUUAACUUAUUAAUAUUUUUAUUAUACCUGAAAGAUCACUCGAAUGUACAUAAGUGUUUUUAUUAAUCUAUGCUGAGGUGUUCGUAUCUGAUGUAAAUACAGUUUUUUGUAUAAAUAUCUUUAAGUCAUAUCUUUUGAAGUUGAGAUAGCUGCUAGCUUCUAUAACUAUAAUUAUUAUUGUUUCGUUGUUUCCUAGAAACUAGCAGUUGAAGAGUUAAUU